AUGGGACCUGUGUAUGCCGGGCUCGUCCUCCUGCCGUGCCUCUGGAUAGCCUCGCAGCUAUGGACCCUCUACGCCAACUACCGCGCGGCCCGCCUCACGGGCCUGCCCAUCGUCGUGCUCCCGUAUAACCCGGACAGCGUCCUCCACAUCGUCUUUGCUGUGCCCCUCCGGCCCCUCCUCAAGCGCCUGCUCCCCGCCCGCGCCUUCGCCGCCGUCGAGCUCGCAAUCUUUGGCUGGGAGUUCCGCGACAAGGCCGCCGUCCACGCCCGCAUCGGCCCGGCCUUCAUGAUCGUCACGACGGGGCUCAACCAGCUCGUCUGCGCCGACCCGGCCAUGGCGCAGGCCAUCCUAGCCAAGCGCAAGGAGUUUAUUCUGGCGGAUAUCUCGAUCAAGAUUAUGAGUUUCCUGGGGAUGAACGUCCUGACGUCCAACGGCGAGUCCUGGUCCCGCCAACGCCGCAUCGUAGCCCCGGCCCUCAACGAGCGCAUCAGCCCAGACGUCUGGAAGGAGACGGCGGAGCAGGCCACCUCCCUCGCUGACCUCCUGCUGUCCUCCUCCUCCCCGUCCGCCACCUCCGCCGACGGCGCGUCCUCCGACACGCUCCCCGGCCUCCGCUCCAUCGCCAUCAACGUCCUCACCCGCGUCGCCUACGGCCACCGCAAGCCCUUCGCCCUGCCCUCCCUCCCCCGCGACCCCAAAGCCCCCAUGUCCUACGUCGACGGCAUCUCCCUCUGCGCGGAGCUCCUCGCCGUGUCGGCGCUCGUGCCGGCCUGGCUCCUCCGGCUGCCCAUCAUGCCGAAGCUCCUGCAGACCCUGGCCGUCGCGCUGACGAGGCUGCCGGACCUGACGAGGGACAUGCUCGAUCAGGAGCGCCGGCGGUCCGCGAGCACCACCGCCGCCGGCGACGCGCCCGACACCAUCAUGAGCAUGCUCGUCCGCCUCUCCGACCAGGAAAAGAACCAUUCCGCCGCGGCCGCCCCCUCCGAGAAGAAGGCCGUAUCCAACAGCAGCCCCAACAACAAAACCUAUCUCACAGAGGAAGAAAUCGCAGGCAACCUCUUCAUCUUCACCGUCGCCGGCUUCGACACCACCGCCAACACAAUGGCCUACGCCGUCGCCGUCCUCGCGGCGUGUCCGGAGUGGCAGACCUGGAUCCAGGCCGAGAUCGACGCCGUCCUCGGCCCGGCGCCGCCGGAAGGCGAAGCCGACGGGGAGUUGCCGGACUACGCGACGGCGUUCCCGAAACUGACGCGGUGCCUGGCCGUCAUGUUCGAAACCCUCCGCCUCUUCCCGCCCCUAACCCAUAUCAUGCGCUUCACCGUGACCCCCCAGACCAUGUCCUCGUCCGCGCCAUCACCCUUCUCCCUCCAGGCCCCGUCCAUAGUCUACAUCAACACCGUGGCCCUGCACACCUCCCCCUCGACCUGGGGCCCAGACGCCCUGGACUUCAAACCCACCCGGUGGCUCCAGCCCGGCGGCGCCGGGGAAGCCGACGCGACACCGCAGCUCAUGACCCCGCCCCGCGGCACGUUCCUCCCGUGGUCCAGCGGCCCCCGGAUGUGCCCGGGCCAAAAGAUGUCCCAGGUGGAAUUCGUCACCGUCAUUGCGACGCUUUUCCGGAAAUGCACCGCCGAGCCGGUCCCGAGAAAGGGGGAGAGCAUGGAGCAGGCGAGACAGAGGUUGUUGGACUUGACGCAGGAUAGCCAGCCAAUCGUGACGUUGCAGAUGAAGCGGCCCAAGGAUGUGCUUCUGAGGUGGACGAGGCGAUGA